AUGAAGGCCCUCGUCUACGCCGGUAAUGGCUCUGUUACCCUCCAAGAUCGUCCUCUCCCCAAGAUCGCUUCACCAACAGAUGCAAUCAUCAAAGUCACCAAGACCACCAUCUGCGGAACUGAUCUGCACAUCCGAAAAGGAGAUGUCGCUACCUGCGAGCCAGGAAGAGUUCUAGGCCACGAAGGCGUGGGCAUCGUCCAUUCCGCAGGUGCAUCUGUCGCACGCUUCAAAGAGGGUGAUAGAGUUCUAAUUUCUUGCAUCUCAAGCUGCGCGACCUGCGAGUACUGCCGCAGGGGAAUGUAUAGCCAUUGUACUUCUGGAGGUUGGAUUCUUGGCAACACCAUCGAUGGAACUCAAGCUGAAUAUGUCCGCAUUCCCCAUGCUGACUCGAGUCUCCACCCUAUUCCCGAUGGGGCAGAUGAGGCUGCUUUGGUGAUGGUCAGCGACAUUUUCCCAACUGGUCUUGAAGUUGGUGUUCUCAGUGGCAAAGUCCAACCUGGAGGGACUGUAGUAGUUGUCGGCGCCGGACCGGUUGGCUUGGCUGCUAUUGUCACUGCCCAGCUAUACUCACCAUCCAAGAUCAUUGCGGUCGAUAUGGACAAUGCCAGACUUGAUGUUGCCAAGAAGCUCGGCGCAACUGAUUCGGUCGUCAGCGGUCAAGACGCUGUUGCCCAAGUGAUGAAAUUGACAGAUGGGAAAGGUUGCGAUACCGUCAUUGAGGCUGUUGGUAUCCCCGCUACUUUUGAGCUCUGUCAAAAGCUCAUCGCCGUUGGGGGCGUGUUGGCAAACGUUGGUGUGCAUGGUACCAAAGUGGACCUCCACCUCCAGGACCUAUGGAUCAAGAACAUCUGUGUCUCAGCGAUCACUACUCAGCUUGUGGAUACUGUUACUACCCCCAUGCUUCUCAAGCUAGUGCAAUCUGGCAAACUGCAACCCUCGCAGCUGAUCACUCAUAAUUUCAAGCUGAGCGAUGUUGAGAAUGCUUACAAGACAUUUGGCGAGGCAUCAAAGCAUAACGCUCUGAAAGUGCUUAUUGAGGUAGAUUAA